UAGGGUAGGUUAGGUUAGGAAAAGGAAUUCACGAACAGUAAGAUCAGUUGCGAAGGAAGCGAAGAUAGGAACCAGCGAGGUGAAGUUUUACCACUCAGUACGCGUUUUGGACGCGUCCUGUGUUCGCGUUUGUUAGCGGGCGACAUGAUAAUUAAGUGAACAAUGCGUUUGCGAUAACGAGGGGCAGGAACACGACCGACCCAUCCGUGGACAGCCGUGUGUACCACAGAGCGGCACAUGGAUGCGACGAACGGACAGAAGCCCCACGUGGGGCAACCUUCCACCAGUACGGGAGUCACCUCCGACAAGGGGAAGGAGUGGCAAAUGGAGCUGUUGAUGGAGAAGUUACGUUCCAAAUCUUCCACAUUGAAGCCUCUGGUGGAAACUGCCAAGAACAUGCGUAUGACCAUGCUAGAUAAACGGUAUACGAUUGACAGUGUAGAGAAGAAUCAGCUGCAGAAGUGUUUGGACACUCUGCAGCAUUCUAUCAAGGUUACUUCAUUCCAAUCUAUGGUGGAACGACUGGAGAGCUUAACAAGGCAGCUAGGGUUAAAAUUUAUGCCUGGUCCUUCAGGCACAGAAAUAUUCAUAUCCUCCGAUAUGUUCUUUUUGGAAGUUUUGUUGGAGCCAUCAGGGCACGUCAGAGAAGUUAAGAUCCAUCAUGAGGGAAAGAGCGAGCAGCAGAGUUGUGAGGUGUUAGCUUCAUGCCUGUCGCGCGGCGACUUUGUUGAUUUCACCACUCAGCUGGAAGGAUUGGUAUCUAUAUAUCAAUUGAAUGCUGAUAAGAAAGUAAAGUGCAAAGCGUUCAGUGCUCUGCAAUCUCUGGAAGCUGACUUGGGUGUUUUGGCGCAACUGCAAACCUUCAUGAAGGAGCCAUUCAAUCUGGUGCACAAGAGUCCUGUCGGAAUUCUAGAGAGAAGGAAAGGCGGUCACCCGAUGAAACUCACGUACUUCGUUUCUCCAUACGAUUUGAUCGAUUUGGAGAAUCGUACCUACGACAUAUUAAAUCCCGAUAUCAUUAUCAAACGAAAAAUUGGCCAUUCCGUAACUGUUUGUAUGGAGGGUUCGACGGGUCACAAGCUGCCUACGUCUAGCAUCAUAACUGUAAAUAGAAGCCCCACCGGAAAGAGUACACCGUCGUACGCUCCGCUAACCAGCACCAAUUCGUCCAUGCUGCCUGCGUGUUUCGUUCUGAAACUCGGCAAAAAGAUGCCGAUCUGCAUGGAAUUGGUGAAAAGGAUACAGAAAGUCACAGAGCUCGAGUGCGGCGAUAUCUCCGCGCCUCAUCCGUUACUCAGCCUGAUAAUACAGCACGCGAGCGACGGCCAGUUGGACUGCCGCAAUAAUAGGGGACUAUACGUGACGUUAACGGAUCAGCAACACUGCUACUUCAUGACAGAGAACAAGAAUAUGGAGGGCGUACUUGUGUGCAGCAUUCCUUUCACGCAUCCGGCGCACGUGCCGCAGAUCCUCGUAUACCUGCGGCAACAGGCGCUCUUCAAUUGCUUGAUCGCGAGUUGCGUAAGACCGAUGGCCCGACAGGAUCCGGACACGACGAUACUCGAGGUAAGCGCACUGUCGUGGCAACACGUGUCCGUGAGCGUGGAACACCCAUUCGAAGAGACGAUGGCCACCGCGGAAUUGGACUUGACGGACAUCUCUGCGCUUCGAUGUAAGCUAUACGGCGUAAGUAUGACGAACGCAGAGCAGACGUCGGAUCUCGCCGGUAAGGUGUUGCAACGUUGUCUCAGCAUACCGCUGACGAUGAGAACACUGCUGAAGAUCUGGGAGGGUCGUAACACUCUGCCAGCGAUGAGCGCUCUGACCGGCGCGAUCGGCGGCGUCGGUGGUGGUAGCAGCAACGGCAAUUACAACAUCAAUCUGGGAUCCGGUAAAGAUCAGACUGGGCAGAACGGCACCGCUGGUAUGCCAGAUUUCACGAACGGCGAGGUGAAAAUCAAACAAGAGCCUGGCUUGAACAACAGCAAUGGCAGCAUAGGCGGCAGGCAACAGCAGUCAUCACAUCAAAUGCCGCAGCAACAGCAACAACAAUCGCAACAACAACAACAGCAGCAGCAGCAGCCUUUUUUAGAUGCCGGAACGGAAAAUAGUAUCGGUUUUCCGUCGUAUUCCGGCCAAUCCGAUACGACAGGCAAUGCCUCUGCCAUGCUGAACCCGCUGCAGUUGGGCGCGUUGUUGGGACAAGCGAAGAACUCGCUGGCUAAUGCGAAUGCGAACGAGCGCAACAAGAAGACUCGCAAAAGGAAGGCGGCGGACGGUCUCUGGCGUAGCCCGAAGAGGAAAGGCGACGCUGGCGACGGUACUGGCGCCACGACAGCCGCGGAAAUCUUGCUGGAGAGCUCGAGUUCAGACUCGACGCCACUGGGCACACCUACUGGCGGUAGAGAGAGCUUAACGGAGACCAGAACGUCCACUCCUACUUCCACUUCGGCAGCGAGUCUGGCUAGCGGUAUGGAUUUUUCGAAUCUUGACACGACGGAUAUGCUCGGCACCGACAAGAGCUCUGAUUACGAUCUCGACAAUGAGAGCGGCGAGAUCAUGGAGGUGCACACCACCGCGGAGCAGCUGCAGCAGGACGUGGAGGAGUUGAUGAAGCGCGAGCGUAAGUCGAAGAAGUCGCGCGACGAAAAAAAAGCGAGCCCGACGAAUAUAUUUGUCGACGAGAAUAAGAGCCUGGUGCCACCUUCCGUAAGUAUCACCCCAAUCACAUGCGGUAACCUGGAUCAAAGCACAAACUAUAACUCCGUGCUUACGGGAAUGGGUUUGGAAAGGCGGCCAGGUAUCGAGAUCAUACCCAUCGCCUCGUCGCCGCAAACUAGUCUACCGAGCUCGAUCACUAUCACGCCGAUAGCCGGCCCCGCAGCUAACGUGGUGCCCACGUCCAAAGGUCUGACGGAAGAGCGCCGGGAGCGAAAGAGCGGCAAAAGCGGCAAAAGCACUACCGCCGCGACCGAGGAUAAAGGCAGCAAGCUUGAAAAGCGGCGCAAACGCAAGCGCGAAGACAGUCCGAUGGGUCCACCACCGGACAAGCUGCCGCCUAAGCCGCCUUCGCAGCAGCAGCAGCAGCAGCAGCAGCAGCAGCAACAGGACUCGCUCUUGAAGCCGGUGUCGGUGAGCAUCAAGCCGACGGAACAGUCGCCACCGAACUUGAGCUCGCGGCCGACUUCACCCGCCGGCACGGUAAGAAAGUUCAGCCCGUCGCCGACGCAUCCGAGCUCACUCGCGCUCGUAGGUAAGUCCAGUCCCACCUUGAAACAGUCAGCCAUCAGCAAGCCGGUGCAGAGCCCGAAGCACUCACCGGUCUACAGCAGCAGCCCGAAGCACAACGCACCGGUGCCAGUGCCGCCGGUGCCGGCGAUGUCAAUGUCUGUGGCGGUACCUGCAACCGUGUCUGUCGCUGUGUCCGUACCCGUGCCGGUGCCAGUGCCGGCGAGCGCGAGUCCGAAGCACGGCACAUCGUCGCCGAAGCAUGGCAGCUCGGCCGGCAGCGGCAAACCGAGCAUGUCCGCUCUCAAGUCGGCGGCGAACUCGCCGUCCGGCAAAACCUCCGACCAGGCGACUCCGUCCAAGGUCAAAUCCUCCUCGUCAUCGUCGAGCAAGGAGUCUGGGCGCGAUAAGGAUAGGAAAACAUCGUCUGUCAGCUCGUCCGGCUCGUCCGCCGGUCAUCAGAGUCCUAAGACCAAGUCAUCCAGCGGGAAACUGAAGCAACUGGAGAUUAUUCCCAGCGGCGGCGGCGGCGGCGGCGGCGGCGGCGGCGGCGGCGGCGGCGGCGGUGCCGGCGAAACACAGGUUUCCUUAUCCAGCAGCGGUGGUAGCACUCCGCCCUCGGGUCAAGUUGAUGCGGCGAAAUCCGCGCAAGCUCAACAACAAGCGCGAAAUCGGAAAAGUUCUUUGAACGCAGUGAUCGACAAACUAAAGAACGCGCAGCAUUGUACUGAGGAUAGCGGUAACGGUGGCGCGAAAAGUUCCUCUAGUGUCGGCGGUAGUGGUAGCAAUAGUGGUAGCGGUGGGAGCGGCAGCGGAAGUGGCAGCGGGGGGCAGAAGGAAGGACGUGGUGUAGGUGGAUCGUCCGGGAAGAUCGUCGAGGGGAAGUCUUGCAUCGGCAAGAACUCUUCGAUCGACUCUUCCUCAAAGAACCCCGCUGAAUACAUGGUCAAGCACAGCUCGGACGGUAUUAAGAUUACUAUAAACAAGACACGUACAAAAGACUCUAAAUCGGGGAGCAACUUGAAGCUGUCGUCGUCUUCGUCCUCAUCGUCGUCGUCGUCGUCGUCAUCUUCGUCGUCUGUGGCAGCUGGCGCGACCAGUACGUCCUCCAGCUCAUCUGCAGCCUCUUCUUCGUCAUCUCUGACGUCUGGGAAUGGUUCACCGAAGACCCAUACCGGUCUGAAACCUGGUGUUAACUCAGGCCCGGCGUCCAAGAAGCCGACGUGCUCGCCGAAAUUACUGAGUCAGAAGAUGUUGGCGAUGAAGUCGAUCUCUGGCUCGGCGAGUUCCGGCACGGGUACCGCCGGUGCAGGCGGAGGUGCAGGUGCGGGUGCGACCGGAGGUGUUGGCGGUGGCGGUGGUAGCAAUCCCCUGUCCAAGAGCGGCUCGUCUUCCAAGUCGUCCGGCUCGCCGAAGACCUCGGGUACGGGGCCGACUGAUCUCAGUCGUGGUCGUGACAAACCUCGUACUCAGAAGUCCGGCGACAAGGGAGUAUUCGCGUCCAAGGGAAUCGGUGACGCCAGGAAGUCCAGUCCUUCGGCUCUGCGCGAGGAGAGCGAAAGCGAGCGUACGUACAAAUUAUUAGCUGCGCACGCCUCCAUGUCGAGUCUACCGCCGAGUCUGCCACCUCAGCUCGUCAUGGAGGGUCUGAUGAAGCAAUUGGACACAAAAUUUCAAAUCCCCAAGUUAUCUGCGCGGGCGAAUGUUGACGCCGCAGAUAAGAAGUGUUCCGAAAAGCUGUCCAUGCUGCCCGAUCCUGCCAAGACUCUGGACGGCUUGACAGUGAAGCAACAAGAGCAGCAGAGCAAGAUCGCGAAUUUGUCCAAUCCGGUGUCAGUGUCCGGCAAGUCAAUGGCGGACGAGCAACCGAGCCAAGCGAAUAGACGGGACCAUACGCAGACCAAACCGGACAACCUCUCAAUCUCCACGAGCGCCGGCGCGAUGUCGUUGAGUCUCGGCGGCGAGAGCACCGGCGGCUUGAUGUUGCCGCCGCAAUCUGCCGCGGACUCGGAUGUGCCGACGAACCUGUCGAUGCAACCGUUAGACAGCGAGUCUCGCGACCCGUGCAAGGACAUCGGUGCGAUAGGAAGGACGAGUAGUCAGCAGUUUCUCGGUAAAGACGACACGAGUGCCGGUGUUAUCGGUGUCCUCGGUAAGAGUAGCGCCGACCAAUUGGCAUCGUCAGCCUCCAAAGCUUACACGGGAAGCCUGACGAGCUCAGGUGCGACCGCCGUGCCGUCGAACAGCGGCUGCACAGUCACCGAGAGCUUGAAUCUGAGCACCAAGCCGGCCGACGCCGCGUUGGCCAAGUACAACAAGAUCGCCGAGGAAAAGAAACAGACAACAUGCGGGCCUCCAUCGUCUUCGUCUUCCUCUUCAUCGUCGUCAUCGAUCUUUUCGUCGUUGGGUGGCGGCGGCGGUGGAAUCGUCGCGACGUCCGACAGCGGCGCGAACAUCAGCAAAGGCGCAGACACCGCGGGAGUGACCAGCAGCGGCGGCGGCGGCGGCAGCGGCGGCACUGCGAGCUCCCAAGAGGCGGCGGAGAUGUUGCUGGAUUUCUCCACCGCCAAGGACGUGGCGAAGAGCCUGACGCACCUGACUACUAUCCCCGAGAGGGCGAUGACACAGGCGGCGCCAGUGCGUCGCAACACACCGCCGCCGCCGCCCCCACCGCCGCCGGCCUUUCCACCAGCGAGUCCCUCCGUUAGUGUGCACAUCGUCAAGAGUCCAGCGCCAAGUCCGCGGGUGAUCCCGCCUUCGCCGCACUCUGCGUCGCCGUGCAUCACCGAUGACGAGCUCAUGGACGAGGCGUUGGUUGGGAUGGAAGAGACAGCUGAGUUUCGAGCCGGCGUUGCGCAAUUUGAGGCGUUCACAUCCGCGUCAGAUGCCAAGAAAGUAUCACGCGAUCGUCAUCGCGAACUGGAGGACAAGUUCCACGAAGACGAGUCACAGGAACUUGCCGGAACCUACUUGCUCGUUCGCGAACGCGUGCUUAGCUGCGUUUACGAGAUUAAGCGAAGAGGGCUUCCGCGUUGCUCUGGACUUCCGUCGUUGCCGUCGUCGUCGAGUCGUCCGCUGUCGCGAGCUUCGACCUUCGCGCGUUCACACCUCGCGAAUGUUGCGGACAAGUACCGUGUAUCGCGACGAGGACACGUACACAUACACGACAGCCUGAGUGGACGGGCGCAAAGGAUAGGUACAAAUGUUUGUAAAUAUACAUAAAAAUUUAAACACAAUCGCCUUCUCUCUAUUUUUUGAUCUAAUAGGAAGAAAGAGAGUUGUAACGAGGAGGCCAGAGGCGAGUUGCGCUUCGCGAUUAUUACACAGAUUAUUUUUUGCGAAUGAGUGUAUGUAUGCGUGAGUCGCUGUGUGCGUGAGUGUGCGUGCUUUGAAAACGUAGACGUAGGGUAGAUAGGUAAUCGUCGUCAUCAACGAUCUGCGGAAAUCAAAAAAGUCACGUGAACAUUAUAUAAAUAAAACAAUGUUUUUGGAUAAUACAUACGCGGGACGUAUCGGUCUCCUUUUUCUCCAACUGGACUCUCGCGAGGACGUGUUAUUACUACAUGUAAAUACAUUGCGCAUAAUGACAAGCAGGACGCGUCGGCUGAUCGCGCGAGGGAAGAAAUGAAAAGAGUGUAUAGAUUAUUAAAAAAAAAAAAAAAAAAACGAAAAGAGGAAAACAAGAAAGAGUGUAUAUGUAUUAUCGAACCAUGUGACGUAAAUUAAAUUUGUAUCAUAAU